AAUGAUAAAAGUAGUAGUAGUAGUAGUAAUAAUAAUAAUGAUAAUAAUAAUAAUAACAAUAAAAAUAAAAUAAUAAUAAUAGCAGAAGACCCCGAGAGCCAGGCAGAAAGGCAGAAGACCCCCAGGCAGAGAAGAGGCAGAAGACCCGAGAGCCAGGCAGAAGACCCCGAGAGCCAGGCCCCCAAAGAGAGCCAGGCAGAAGACCCGAGAGCCAGGCAGAAGAAGAGGCCCGAGAGCCAGAAGACCCGAGAGCCAGGCAGAAGACCCCGAGAGCCAGGCAGAAGACCCGAGAGCCAGCAGAAGCCGAGAGCCAGCAGAAGACCCCGAGAGCCAGCAGAAGACCCCGAGAGCCAGGCAGAAGACCCCAGAAGCCGAGAGCCAGGCAGAAGCCAGGCCCCCGAGAGCCCCCGAGAGCCAGGCAGAAGACCGAGAGCCAGCAGAGACCCCGAGAGCCAGGCAGAAGACCCGAGACCAGGAUCCCCGCAGAGCCAGGCAGAAGACCCCGAGAGCCAGGCAGAAGACCCCGCAGAGCCGAGAGGCAGAAGACCGAGAGCCGCCCCAGGCAGAGAGCCCGAGAGCCAGGCAGACCGAGAGCCAGGCAGAAGACCCCGAGAGCAGGCAGAAGAGAGCCAGGCAGAAGAGAGCCAGGCAGACCCCGAGAGCCAGAGACCCGAGAGCAGCGAGAGAGGCCGAGAGAGCCAGGCAGAAGACCCGAGAGCCAGGCAGAAGACCCCGAGGCAAAGACCCCGAGAGAGCCAGAGACCCGAGAGCCAGGCAGAAGACCCGAGAGCCAGGCAGAAAGAAGAGCCACCCCGAGAGCCAGGCAGAAGAAGAGGCGGAGAGCCAGCAGAAGACCCCGAGAGCCAGGAAUACGUCAUGGCAUCGUUUGAACUUAAGAGGCCGCAUUCCUAUGGUUUUGUGAUGAACUAUGCCGGAAUGCCAGAUCAGUAA